AGAAACGUGAAUUGGAAGUUAAAGGUAAGCUAUUCCACUACAUUUCCCAUCAUGCACUUGUUCCACAGCGCAGGCGCAGACCGACACAAGCCCCGAUGACAGAAGCUACUGACCGACUGGGAUACCCCUUGGUGUGAUGGCGAGCAGGCGUUUCUGCUUGCUGACUCAGCGCGCGUGAUCAAGCCAGGCCGGGUCAAGCCACCAUCAUGACCGAGUGCUUCCUGCCUCCCAGCAGCAGCCCCGCCGAGCAGCGGCGAGCCGAGCACUCGGGCAGCGUGAACCGCACUCCCAGCUCAGAGGAGAUCAGCCCCACUAAGUUUCCGGGCUUGUAUCGCACCGGCGACCCGUCCCCGCCACAUGACGGACUCCACCAUGAGACGCCGGACGCUUACGUCUCCGACGACGACAAGGAGCACAGCAAGAAGAAGAACAAGUUCAAGAAGAAGGAGAAGCGCACGGAGGGCUACGCCGCCUUCCAAGAGGACAGCUCGGCGGACGAGGCGGAGAGCCCGUCCAAGAUGAAGCGUUCCAAGGGCAUCCACGUGUUCAAGAAGCCCAGCUUCUCCAAGAAGAAGGAGAAGGACUUCAAGGUGAAGGAGAAAGGCCCCAAGGAGGCCAAGGACAAGAAGUCGAAGGACCUCACGGCCGCUGACGUGGUCAAGCAGUGGAAGGAGAAGAAGAAGAAGAAGAAGCCUGUUGCUGUCACUGAGACCGAGCCGGUCCCAAUUGAGGUCCCCACCUUCAGGCCAAUCUUUGGCGCCCCCUUGGCGGAGGCGGUGAAGCGGACCGCCUUGUACGACGGCAUCCAGUUGCCGGCUAUCUUCAGAGAGUGUGUGGACUACAUUGAGAACUACGGCAUGAAGUGUGAGGGCAUCUACAGGGUCUCAGGUAUGAAGUCCAAGGUGGACGAGCUUAAGGCAGCAUACGACCGCGAGGAGUGUCCCUGUCUGGAGGAGUACGAUCCCCACACGGUGGCCAGCCUCCUCAAGCAAUACCUGCGCGAGCUCCCCGAGAAUCUGCUGGGCCGCGACCAGGCCCAACGCUUCGAGGAUGUGUGCGGGCGCCAGGCGGAGGCCGACAAGGUGACGGAGUUUCAGCGGCUCCUGGCCGAAGUGGCGCCAAAUAGCCGGCUCCUCCUUGGCUGGCUGGUCACGCACAUGGAUCAUGUCAUAGCCAGGGAGGCUGACACCAAGAUGAACAUCCAAAACAUCUCCAUUGUCCUCAACCCUACAAUACAGAUCGGAAAUCGGGUUCUCUACAUGUUCUUCACACAUGUGAAGGACCUGUUUGGGGAUAUUGUUCUGAGGCAGGUAGUGAGGCCCCUUCGCUGGUCCAACAUGGCUACCAUGCCGGCGCUGCCCGAGACUCAAGACAGCAUCAAAGAGGAGAUCAGGAGACAGGAGUUCCUGCUAAACUGCCUGCACAGAGACCUUCAAGCGGGAGUGAAGGACUUGUCCAAAGAGGAGCGUCUCUGGGAGGUGCAGAGAAUCCUCACCGCUCUCAAACGCAAGCUGAGAGAGGCCAAGCGUCAAGAGUGUGAAAGUAAAAUAGCUCAGGAGAUCGCCAGCCUCUCCAAGGAGGACGUUUCAAAAGAGGAAAUGACUGAAAACGAAGAGGAAGUGGUCAACCUCCUUUUGGCGCAGGAGAAUGAGAUCCUGACAGAGCAGGAGGAGUUGAUCUCUCUGGAGCAAGUCUUACGGCGACAGAUCGCAACCGAGAAGGAAGAGAUUGAGCGUCUCCGGGCAGAAAUCGCAGACAUCCAGAGUCGGCAGCAGGGUCGCAGCGAAACAGAGGAGUAUUCAUCUGAGAGUGAGAGCGAAAGCGAGGAUGAGGAGGAGCUGCAGAUCAUCCUGGAAGACCUGCAGAAACAAAACGAAGAACUGGAGAACAAAAACACCCACUUGAACCAGGCCAUCCACGAGGAGCAGGAGGCAAUCUUGGAGCUGCGCGUCCAGCUGCGCCUCCUGCAGGGCCACAAGCUGCAGCAGGACUCAGCCGUCCAGCCGCCGUCCGAGCCGCAGGCGCAGCCGCCCGCCCAGCCCAGCCCAGAAGCCAGAGGUGGCGAGGAGCAGCAGCAGGCCAAGCGUCCCGUCAUCACCGCGCCGACCGCCGCCACUGACAGCACUGCGGCGCCUGCUGCCAAGGCGGCUAAGGAUCCUCCAAAGCCGUCACCGAGCAAAGAUAGGCGGGACGCAAGUGUGUGAGCCAUCAUUUCCUUUCUUCCAUGGGCGACAGAUUGGUAAGAGAGAAAUAUGAACCCAAUCAAGUAACGUUUGACACUGUGCCAAAAUCAAGACUAUACAACCACCUACAACAGGGGUAGGGAACCUGUGGCUCUUUUGAUGGAUGCAUCUGGCUCUCAGAUUACUCUUAGCUGACAUUGCUUAACACGAUAAGAAAUUAAUAUUUUCACUGGUAAUCGGAGUUAAAAAUAAUGUUCAAAAUACAAAACAUUCUCCUGCAUUUUAUUCAUCCAUUCGUUUUCUAACGCACCUGUUCAAGAAGGUGCAUUAAUGGUAAGAAGUAUUUUUUUUAUUAUUGGUUAACUUCAGAAUAAAAAUGUUAUUAAAAAGAAUAUGAGACUUAUUAUACUGCAAAAAUGUUGACGUUACUUAAAAAUGCAUACAUUUAGUUGUAUUCAGUGUUAAAAAAAUAAUAUAAGGCUUUCAUGGAAAUACAUUUUAAAAUAUUUGGCAUUCAUGGCUCUCUCAGCCAAAAAGGUUCCCGACCCCUGACCUACAACUAAAGCUCUUUCAAAACAGAGAUUGAUAUAUAUAUAUAUAUAUAUAUAUAUACAUACAUAUACACACACACAUGGAUUUUCAUCGCUGCGACCAUGCACAGAAACAAACAGCUGGAAGGAGUCUUCUUAGUCUAACACUACUUUGAUUUCUAUUAUUUCCAUGACAAUCUUGUUUUGUACCUCUGUUACAAGGUUUAGUUUUUCAUUUCAUUUCGCAAUCAACUAUCAAAGCUGGCAAAGUGCUGCUUUGUACACGAAAGCCUAAUGUAUUUUCAGCUAUUUUAUAUCUGAUUUGACUUGUAUUGGAUGGGUUAUGCCAGUGCUCCCAUCUAGCCUCAUGAUCUAACAUGAUAAUGACAUUAAUCCUGUGACUGAAACAUUUUAGCUCCCUCAUAUUAUUAUUGUUGUCGCACACUUUUGUGUUUUAAAGAAUAAAAAUGUUCAAAUUAA